AUGCCAAUAUGUUCUUUUGAGUUACGUGCUACUACAUCCAUGACUAUGUUCUACAAAAAUCUCUUUCGUGUCGUCUCUACUGACAAUGGCGAUGGUUAUCCAAAACUUGUUUAUGUUUUUAAUAAUUCCUUACCAGGUCCUGUUCUAAAUGUUUAUCAAAAUCAAAUAGUGCGUAUACGAAUUUUUAACGAUUUUGCAUCAGAAUCAUUGAGUGUUCAUUUUCACGGUAUACGACAAUUGAAUACACCGGAAAGUGACGGUAUUGGACGAUUAACACAAUUAUCAAUUUUACCUGGUUCUAGUUUUCUACAUGAAUUUCGAGCAAUUGACCUUGGCACUUUCUGGUAUCAUUCUCAUGUACAUUCGCAAACGGCGAUGGGUCUCAUGGGUGGUUUCAUUGUUCAUCCAAGAACAAUGCCUGAUAAACAAGUAUUAGGUACAAUCGAUUUUUUUCAAGCAGUUGACGGAUCAAGAGCUGCCGAAGCUCUUGUUACCUCAAUUUUAGUCAAUGGUCGGGGUCAAUAUAUUGAUCCACGUAAUGAAACGAAAGGUUUAAGCACGACACCACUGGAAUAUUUGAAAACUGAUUCCGUCGAAAAUAAUUCUAUUUAUCGUCUUCGUUUAAUCAAUGGUGGAAGUGUUUUCUCCCUAAAAUUUUUCAUAGAUAAACAUCUAUUGCAAGUAAUUGCUUCCGAUGGUUUACCAUUUGCACAACCAAUGAUCGUUGAGCAACUGAUCAUUGGUCUUGGUGAACGAUAUGAUGUCAUAAUUGGCAAUCUAUCCAAAAUAGAUACUAAUAUUAAUUAUUGGGUUCGUGUUGAUACGAUGGAUAAGAAUAAUAAUGUAAGAUGGCAUGGUCGAGCUAUCUUACAGUAUGCAAAAACGAAUGAAAUGCCAACGAGUGAACGACAAAACUGUAGUGUAUCUCAACCAUGUCGAAUUUUGAACUGCCCUUUUAGUCAAUACGGCCCCAACGAAAAUAGCAAAGGAUCCUCUUUUAUCUGUUUGACUCCACUAAAUUUCAGCACACAUGACGAUUAUCUCGAUCAUGAUUUACUCCAUCAAACAAUUCCAAUUAAUAUUAAGCAAACAUUAUCAUUAACCAUGGUUGAACAUCAGAACGAUCGAGCUGGUUUUGAAUCUUUCAAUUAUAUCGGAAUGAAAUAUCCAUCGAUGACAGAACCAAUUCUUUUCAAGCCUCGGCAAGCUAGAGAACUGCUUUCUUGUUCAAAUCAAUCGUUAGACGGGGACUCCGGUGAAAAAUGUUAUCAUAAUAUUGUCGCUCAGUACAAUGAUAUCAUCGAAAUACUUCUUGUCAAUCAUGAUGACGAUCAGCAUCCCAUUCAUUUGCAUGGCUCUUAUUUUCAUAUUGUCGAACAAGGUCUUGCUCAGUUGAAUCAAACGACAGGAGAAUUCAUUGCUAAUAAUGCAAAUGUCAUAUGCAAUGAACAUGCUAUAUGUAUAUACAAUCAAACCAGUGCAAACUCUACAACAAAUAACAUGCGUCUUGUUAAAGAUACGGUGCAAUUACCUAAAGGAGGAUACAUGAGAAUACGCUUUCGCGCGCAAAAUCCUGGUGUUUGGCUUCUUCAUUGUCAUACAGAACCGCAUCUCGACCGUGGCAUGGCUAUUGUAUUUCAUAUUGCCGAAGAUCGAAUUCCAAUGGCAUUAUCAUCUUCGUCAUUUGUUCGAUGUAAUCAUAUUUCAAUUCUAUUCGAUAAUUUGAUUCUUUUCUUAUUUGUAUAA